GAUCUUAACGACCAUGUGACAAUGUUGUUCUCAGAUGACAUGCGCCUGCGUGAGAAGCAAUUCCUGCUAUCAUGCGAACGAGGCGACAUUGGCAGUGUGAGGAAGCUGCUGGCGAUCAAGGACGGGCUGAAUAUCAAUUGUGUCGAUCCUUUAGGAAGAAAUGCACUGUUGAUCGCCAUCGAAAAUGAAAACAUCGAAAUGAUCGAGCUGCUUCUCGACCACAAUAUCGAAACGGGAGAUGCAAUUCUUUACGCAAUUGGAGAAGAGAAUGUUGAAGCCGUUGAGAUCAUUGUUGAACACCUGGAGAAGAUAGAUAAAUUCAACCCUGAGAACCAAGGCGUCGAAAUCAACCAACAUUCAGCUUUCCCGCCAGACAUUACUCCGAUUAUCCUUGCUGCUCACAAAGACAACUACGAGUGUAUUAAACUGUUCCUUGAUAAGAAGGGCACUGUACCACAUCCUCACGACGUCCACUGUUCGUGCCACGAAUGCGAAGUGAUUCGCGAGGAGGACUCCUUACGGUUGUCUCGUUCACGAAUAAACGCCUAUCGGGCACUGGCGUCGCCAUCGUUCAUCUGCCUCUCUGCCAAGGAUCCCAUUCUCUACGCUUUCGAGCUGUCAUGGGAGCUGCGACGACUCUCUUACAUCGAGAAUGAGUUUCGCAGUGAAUAUCAGGAGCUUUCCCAAAAGUGUCAGAAGUUCUCAGUAAAUAUGCUGGAUCAGGUUCGAGGAUCGAAAGAGCUUGAGAUUGUGCUCAAUCAUACCACAACCGCGUGGGAAGAGGUAACAACAAGAGGUACGCCGACUACUGAACAGUUGGCCAGAUUAAAACUUGCUAUCAAGUUACGACAGAAAAGGUUUGUCGCCCAUCCAAAUUGCCAGCAGCUGCUCUCUGGUAUCUGGUAUGAGGGACUGCCUGGGUUUCGGAACAGAAAUAUCAUUUACAAGUGCCUCCUGAUGGCAGCUGUAGGGCUGUCAUUCCCCAUUCUUUCACUUUCAUAUUUGAUUGCGCCCAAGUCAGCACUGGCUCAGUUUACUCGUAGACCUUUCGUGAAAUUUCUUUCUCAUUCCGCCAGCUAUGUCGUCUUUCUCGCGCUUCUCAUCUUGGCUAGCCAGCGGAUCGACCGUGUUGACAACAUGUUUCGAGAAGAAAACGCGCCUUCACGAAAAGAGGGUCGAGGACCUCAUCCUACACCAGUUGAGAUGGCCAUCAUCAUUUGGGUUCUCGGCUUGAUAUGGGUAGAAAUCAAGCAGCUAUGGGACUGCGGUCUCCACGACUACUGUCAUAACUUAUGGAAUAUUCUUGAUUUCAUCACGAACGCGCUUUAUCUGUCCACAGUGGCUCUGCGAGCUGUUGCUUAUUAUCAGGUCAUAGUCAUACCAAAACUUUUUUAUGAACUAUAUGAGAAAGAUUGGGACGCAUGGGACCCGACGUUGGUCAGUGAAUGUGUUUUCGCCACGGCCAACAUCUUUUCGUCGUUGAAACUUGUACAUAUUUUCACCGUUAAUCCGUAUCUUGGUCCACUCAAGAUCUCAUUAGGUCGAAUGAUAUUAGACAUUCUAAAAUUUUUUCUCGUCUACGCUUUGGUGCUCUUUGCAUUCGCUUGUGGUCUCAACCAAUUACUUUGGCACUAUGGAGCGACAAGGCAGCAAGAAUGUGAACAAUACAAACAUUGGCUAGCGAAUCCGACAACAAUGGCGAACGCAGGAAGGCUGGAAGUGCUCAAAGAAAGCUGUGAUCCUAAGUACCGCAGCACGUCCAGUAUCUAUCACACAUCAGAAACACUUUUCUGGGCGAUGUUCGGGCUGAUCGAUCUUUCACAUUUUUCACUCAUGGAACCUCAUUAUUUGACAGAAUGGACUGGAAAAACUAUAUUCGGCAGUUAUUCUUGCUGCUCGAUCAUUGUUUUACUUAAUAUGCUGAUCGCUAUGAUGAGCAACUCCUACCAAUACAUUUCCAAUCAGGCUGACAUAGAGUGGAAAUUCGCGCGAAGUAAGUUAUUCGUUGAGUAUUUUGACGACACCGCCACAUUGCCACCGCCGUUCAACAUAAUUCCUAGCCCGAAGAGUUUUUAUUAUGGGCUGAAAUGGAUCUGUGACAAAUACUGUGGUUGCUCCAAAGCUGUUCAUGCUGGAAAGCAACGGAGUAUGAGGGUAAAUCUUUGCUCCCUGAGGGUCAUAUCAGAAAAAAUGCUUUUCAAAAAAAAGUGGGAUGAACUAGAUUACCGAUUUCCUUGCAUUGAUUUCAUUCCAUCUACCAGAUUGUUUGGAAAGUGA